GUUUUUCUGAUGGUAUCAACGGCUGGUAUCUGAUGGUUCCUGAAAAGUUCUCUAGAUGCGAUUCCUUGUUUGGAUUCUUCUGCAUGCUGCAGCGGAGCUGCCUUCCAACUGCGAUGCGCCGGACUUCACUGUGAUGCUGGUGAGAUCCCGCGCCUACUAUCGGAGUGGCUUCUUUGAACUUUCAGACUCGGAGAGAGUGGCACGAAUUUUGGAAAGCCGAGAGCUCAUCAAAGAGAUUUGCCCAGCGGCACUGCUGCAAGCUAUUUUGUUGAAACUUGAAGAGAACUUGGUGUAUCAAACAGAUGCUUUCCAGAGCCUGAUGGCGCAAUACACCUUGUACUUACAUGAAGCCAUUCGAAAUGAGAAGAUCACACCGGACGAGAUGAAGACAUGGCCAUUAGAUGAAGGCGUCCAACGGGUCAUGAACAUCAGUGAAGCACUGGCGCAAAAGAGGUCUUUGUCCAGUGCCAUGGUGAUGAAUUACUGCCAAAUGAUUGAUCGAUUUGGAACGAGCCAUGAGUUGGAUUGGAUUUUGGAGCCGCCCUUUGGUGAGAGCCGUGGCGAUGGUGGCGAUGGUGGCGAUGACACUGGUGACACUGGACUUCUGACUGACACGGAUUUCUACAUCUAUCAAGUUGACUGGCCAUGGUGUGCGCCCCUCAAGGAUGAAGUCCUUGCCAAAGUUCGCAGGGCAGUGCGCAAGUUGCAUGUGAUUAGUUAUUCCGCUGGGCCACGCAGGGAAGAACAAACGGCAUAUUUCAAAUAUAUCGCGGAUCACUGGGAGAACUUACCCGAUUUUACGAUUUUUGUGCACCCAGACGCUGAUGAGCAUCAAGGCUCCCAGUUUCUGGCGCUCCGGCGGGCCUUGAAACUGAUUAAGACGCAGUCGAAAUUUGCGCAGGAGGCUUUGGGAUACUAUCCUUUGGCGCAGCAAAUGGUGAUCGAACCGAUGCGUGUUUGGGGAAAGGAUUUUGCCCCAAUCUGGCAACGCUUUUGGCAUCGGGUUUUCGGACAUCCUUGGACAGACAUGGGCCUUGGCCCACCUCGUUGCAAGUGGCAGAAACAUGUUGGUUACUACUUACUUGGCCAUGCCGGACACACAGGACGCACACGGACAAGUCUGCCGGCCGCCAAGGCCACCUGCGCCCAACUGGACGAGGAAUGCCUUGGUGUCACCUGCCUUUCGCCUUUGGAACCGGCGGAGUUGGAUGAACUCGGGGAGGUGCCACUGUUUCGGGACCGAUGGGGGCGCCACUCCUGCACGGCGCGGAGGGGGGCUGAGGGAUUGCAAGAGUCGCCAGAAAGGGAAGUCGCUGAAGUGAGUUACAUCAAGAGCUGCAGAUCUGCACACAAUGCAGAUGCGAGUGUUGCUGCGAGUGCCACAGCAGGAUCAACGUAUCGAGCCGUGAACAAUUCCUUUCUCUUUGGCUAUGCAGCUGGAGACGAAGUGGUUCGUGGGGAACUGGAGGCCCGUAGAAGAUGCGAUGAACUUGGUGAGGAUUGUGCUGGUUUCACCUGUGAAAGCUUCAUUCCAUUGACCAAGUCCACCACAAAGCAGGGCUAUGCAGACGCUCAGAAAGCUCAAAGCUGCACAGUUCGUGCUGGAUCUGAGCUGAUUCAGAGCCCCAGCAGUGAGUUCACAUUCGUCAAAAUUCCUCCCAGUGCAGAUCUGCAAAAAUCAGUGUCCCGGGUCACUUCCAAAACCAACGCCAGCCGCGUUUUUCAAUUCUACACUGGCUCCCAGUCCAUUGUGCGGAAGGACUUCAGAAAGGGUCUAUCAUCAAACGGCAUAACUCCGUUUUAA